GGGAGGAAAAGGAGGAAAAGCCCCGGAGAAGCGCCAAAGCCGCCAGCGCAGAGCCGCGGUCAUGGGCAGCCACCCCGCCGUGCUGCUGGCGCUCGCCCUCUGCGCCCUGCUGGAAGCCGGUCUGGGCCAUCCCCCGCCCGAGUCGCACCUGGCCGCGCUGCCGAGGAGCAAGCGAUGUUCCUGCAACAGCUGGCUGGAUAAGGAAUGCAUCUACUUCUGUCACCUGGACAUCAUCUGGGUCAACACGCCUGGGCACACCGCUCCCUACGGCUUGGGCAGCCCGCCAAGGCGGCGCAAGAGGUCGGCGGGCAGGUGCCAGUGCUCGCACUCCAGGGACAGCUCCUGUGCCACCUUCUGCCAGGGCAGGCCUGGGUACCUCCAGAGUCUGAAGCUCCCCGUGAGCUCUGGAGCAUCAGCGAGGUCUCUGCAGAGCGGAGCCACGAGGCCUCUCCAUCACGGGCUGCUGAGGGCUCUCAGGGACCUCAGGGUGUCCAGCCCGCGCUCCGGCAAACGCUCCCGGAGGGACGCACAGCUGCCGGCUCUGCCUUGGGAGAAAAACAUCUGGAAGAAGAAGAGAUAAAGACAGGUGCACGUCGAGCUCACCAGAAGAAUUUGGAGUCCUUUGGGCGCCACCAGCUCCGCUGCCGGUUGUUAGAGCUGAAGGGAAGGCCGCGAGUGGAAGGGAAGGAAGUGGAAGUCUCCGUGUUCCUGCUGCAUCAACCAGCACUCAAGGGACUGCUGUAAAGGGAAAAACUCUCUCUCCAUACAGUCAGAGAAGUGUCCUGGAGCCGAAUUGUGCCUUUUUGGAUCAGGCAAGGGCCGUGCUGGAGCAGCAGCAGCUGGACUGUGCCCUGGAGCCCUGGGCAGGGGCUCAGCCCGCGGGUGGUGGGUGAAUCCCAGCCGGGGGGUUCUGGGCAGUGCUGAGCCCGUCCCUGGCCCGGGCUGCUCUGCCUGGGAGCUGUGUGAGCCGGGCUCAGCCCGGCCCUGCUGCUCGCUGUAGGCAGGGAUGAGCCGCCUCCAGCCCACCUUUGCACUGUUUUCUCAUCACUCACUGCCUGUGGACGAGGCUCCCGUGGUGGAGCAGCUCCCAGUUUGUACCAACCGUUUAUUUUGUCAUCACCUGGAGCCAGCUGAGCAGUCAGGGACACUCACUGGCUGAGGAGGCGCUGGGGUGGAUUUCCACGAAGGUCCUGGCUGUAGCUGAGGAUCGGUGGCCCCAGGGAUGGCACCAAACCCAGGCGUGGCUGCUGUGGGGUCUGUGCAGGAGCCCCCAGCCCCAUGGCUGUGGAGGGUGAGCAGAGCCCUGGUGUGGGUCAGUGACCCCAUCUCAUCUCCCUGGACAUGCCCUCAGUGAGGACUUCCCGCUCCUGAACAUCCCACCCUUCUCCAGCCCUGCCUGGAGGGAAAGGCUGCGGAGAGGGCGCACAAAGCCAGGCUUGCUGCUUGGCUUAGGCCAGCUCCGAGUCGGGCUCUGGACAGUAAGUGACCAGCCAGGGGUAGCAGGUCCUGAGGGAAGGGGAGCCUGGGUGGGGAAUGCAUCAGGUGAGGGGCAGCCAGGUGGGAACGAUGUGGAGGGAAGGACUGGUUGGAACAGGGGGUGGGACUGGAUCAUCUCCAAGGUCCCUUCCAACCCAGCUCUGUAAGGGAGCACAGCCCUGUCUGAGCUUGGGCUCAGCUUUAAACCCAGAUCUGCUGGCCCAGGGGAGGGAAGGAAAAAUCUGGGAAAAACACAGAGCCCAGGGCCCAGAAACCAACCAAAGGCAGCCUCGCGGCUCCGGAGCUGUGUCACAAAUGCACUUUUGUUUGCCUGGGCAGCCUGAGCUCUGCAGGAAGCCAGGGCUGUCACCUGGGCAGGGCAGGUAAAGAGCUGCUCUCCACUGCUGGGUCCCUCUGCUGCCCACGCCAGGAUUGCACAGGAGCUUGGGAAAGGCUGCUUGAGGAUGGUGGUGGACCAAAAUCUGUGGCUUUGCAAGUGUAGUCCCGAUGGACAAGAAAAAGAAUUCCUUGAUUUUGCUUUAAGCCCCGGAGAGGGGGUAAAAAAUCAGACCAGUUGAUUGUAUUGUGAAUGAAACAGCAGGUUAAUCAUUUGGUCCCCAAAGCUGCAGAGAAUCUGUUCUUAUCUUUGACCUUCUGAAGGUUGGAGUCACUCUAAAAAACCAAAAGAAGAAAGCCCUGAAAGGGUUUGUUCCAGAGGAAAUUUUGCACAUGGUUUAAUGUGAGUAAUUUAAAAUAAAACUACUGCUGUAAAGUACUCUGUCAAUCUCCUCGUGUGUGUAAUGUCCCAUCCUUGAGUGACUUACUGCACACCUGCCAGAUGUAGCAUCCUGAAAUCUGUAUAUUUAUUUAAAUCUAUUUUUUUUUUUCAGACAGUAAUU